CGGACAUGCAUGUGGAGCCUCAAAACAGACUGCACCAAUUGUCCAGCUAACCCCGCCGCGAGAAGCAUCGAUACCCCGCGCAGAGCCGGGCCGGCGGUGCCCGAACACACAACAGCAUGGAAGAGGAGCACAAACUCCAGUUCCCGUCUCUGCCCGAGACCAGGGAGGAGCUUCUGGACUGGGAUUAUCCAAUGAGAAGAGAAAUGCAGGUUGGUAAGAGGAGGCUAUUGUUUGUUGUUGGAAGUCUUCUUCUCAUUUCUUGUCCUUGGCAGUGUUUCAUUUCACACCAACUGCCAAUUCUGGAGAGACAGGGCAUAACGCAUGUUGUGUGUGUCCGCCAAGACAUUGAAGCCAAUUUUAUCAAACCUAAUUUCCCUCAUACAUUUAGAUACCUUGUGUUAGAUAUUGCUGACAAUCCAGUGGAAAAUAUAAUAAGAUUUUUCCCUUCGACUAAAGAAUUUAUUGAUAGCUGCCUAACAACAGGAGGAAAGGUACUGGUUCACGGGAAUGCAGGGAUAUCAAGAAGUGCUGCCUUAGUGAUUGCAUACCUUAUGGAAACAUUUGGGAUGAAAUACAGAGAUGCAUUCAGCCACGUACAAGAGAGGAGGUUCUGCAUUAACCCCAAUGUCGGCUUUGUGCUUCAGCUACAGGAGUAUGAAGCGAUCUACCUAGCCAAACUGACCAUUAAGAUGAUGUCACCGAUGCAGUUGGGCAGGUCCUUCUCCUUACAAGCCGGGAUGCCAGGAAGCCGUAAACGCAGCCUGGAGGAAGACGAGGACUUUGGAGCAAUGCAGGUCACAGCAGCGCAGAACGGAUGAGCUUUGCUGAUAUAGCCGUGUGGCACAGUGCACUCUUCUUCUUUCUUUUUUUUUUACAUUUUUAAUGGGAUUAAAAAUGUAAAUAUUUGAACUUUUUCUAACGGGAAGGGAUGAGGGUGGGAUGGGGAGGACCACUCAUGUCUGAGACAUGCAGUUCUGAAGGGAAAUUGGGCCAAUUUGAUAACUUUUUUUUUUUUUCUUGAGCUGUAUGCACUGAUGAUUGAGAUUUUUUGCAGUUUUAUAGUAUUUAAAGCAUUUUGCAUUUGCAGCGGGACAGUAUUGCAAUAAUGCACUUUCGAUACUUGAAUUUGUGUGGACGACCAGAAGGGGGCAGUCGGCAAAAGGGAAAGUAGCCAGGAUGUCACCCAGUGGAGGACAUGAGAAGAGAAGUAGCUAAUGCCUUUAUUUUGGGAGUAAUAGGAUUAUGGACUAAUAUCAAGCUUAAUGUUGGAUAGUAAGGAAUGGAAAAAUAACAACUCAACGCAUAAUAAAAACAAGUCUGACUGA